UUUUGCGACAAGAGGGGAUAGCUUCUAUCUAACUGAACAGUUACGCAGUGAACGACACCGGUUUGUUUUCUUUUCUGGAGCCGGCCAUCACAUCUACUUGAAGAGGUUUUAGGCGUCAAAGUAUUUGUAAAUUAUUCUGUAACACUUUGUGCAAUCUUUAAUAUUUUAUUUUCUCAAUCAGUGCGAAAAACCAAUUUACUGAAAAUGUUUUGGGGAUUAGUACUUGAACCUGGCAAACGAUACAGUACCACAGUGGAAAAGUCAUUCCAUGUCUCCAAGGCUGCAUUGGACUGUUCGUCUGUCAGAAAUGACUCAGAAAUCUUGAGUGUUAUGCUGGAAACAGAAGGCUCAGAGGCUCUUCUGUGUAAUCUCUGCAAACAAAAAGGGAUUCUACAAGAAGACUUGGAUCUGAACUUCAUGGCUGGGGAUAGAUUAACCUUUGAGUGCAGAGGAUAUGGUCGCAUCCAUCUUUCAGGAUACUUGUUACCGGAUGAAGAAGAUGACUUGUCCGGAAUGUUGGGGGAUGAAGAAGAAUCUGAGGAGGAGGAAGAAGAAACAACAGAAUGGUCAGGAACAUCAUCUAGUCCAGAGAAACAAAAGAAAGAGAAGAGAAAAAAGGACGCAGGAGGUGCAGCGGCAAAAAAGAAAAAACUUGCUGUUGAGGUUGAAGAAGGGGAUUCAGACUCUGACCAAGAUGAUGAAUCUGAUCUAUCAGAAGGAAUGGAAGAUGAAGAUGUAGAGGAUGAGGAGGAUGAUGAAGAUGAUGAGAUGAAUGACAAAGAGGAGGAUGAGUCUGACGACGAAGAAGAAACUGUUGUCAGUACAAAAGAAAAGCAAAAACAACAAAAGCAGGAGAAAAACAAAACGCCAAACAAACAGAAUGUCAACACUCCCAAGAAAACACCAGUGACCAAUGGAGUAACUCCUAAAGAACAGAAGUCCAACAAGAAGACUCCAGGAGGAGUAGAGAAGUCACCAAAUGCCAAUACAACCCCGAAGCAAAAACAGCUUCUGGAACAUGGAGUCAUUGUGAAGGAAAUUAGGGUUGGGAACGGUGCCCCAGCUAAAGUUGGCAAGACUGUAUCCGUAUACUAUGUUGGAAAACUGAAGGACGGAAACAAGGUUUUCGACAAGUCGGUGAAAGGAGACGGAUUCAAGUUCAAGUUAGGCAAAGGCGAAGUCAUCAAGGGCUGGGACGUUGGAGUACAAGGCAUGAAGGUCGGCGGCAAGAGGGUUAUCCACUGUCCACCUGAAGCUGCGUAUGGAGCAAAAGGCGUUUCUCCAAAAAUUCCUCCCAACAGCACAUUAAUAUUUGAAGUGGAACUCAAAAAUGUCCAUUAAGUUUAUUCCAGUUAAGUUUCUCAACCUGUAGGUUUAAACUGCAACCUGAUUUUAAUCUUCUGACAACUGAUAAAAUGUACCAUCUUGUUAUGCACAAUGCUCUUACUUAAUUGGUUAUUUUUAUUUUGAAAUAAUUCUGUGAUAUUUGGUACAGUUCCAUUUAUAAAUGUCCUUUCUUUUAACACAUAGUAAUUUUGUUCCAUUGACAAGUACGCUGUACAAACAUACAACUAACCAUUGCCGAGCAUUGUUAUUGUCAGUAUUUAUUUACAGUAAGUUUUAAAAACUUCUCUCUUUUACUUUAAUUCCACUGAGGAUAUUAGACUCAUUAUGUUUUUUUACUCUUCAGUUACAUGAGACAUUCUUUAUUAUGUUGUAAACCUAAGGCAUAUCCCUAAGGUGUUGUACAUUUAAACUAGUAUUAGGUUAUGUAAAAAAUAAAAGAUUUUUUCAUACAG